UAGGACGCUGUGUAGCUGGAAGCAAAACGUGUGAACGCGCUGUGACUUUAAUGUUUUUGGAGUUUAAGUCGUUUAAAUGCUGCAUUUAACCUGACAAGUCGCUUGUUUCGACAUAUAGAACAAACCGGAAGCCAGUCUUCUAGUGACGCUGGAAUAAUCUGGAAGAAACCAUGAAGAAGACACUUCAGCAGAGUGAAAAGGCGUCGCCGGGACAACAGUCAGCUGACUACGUGGUGGGUCAGGUGUCAGGAAGUUUGUUCCAGAAGAAGAAGAAGAAAUCUGCGACCUCUGGAUCGCUGUCUGCUUUAUUCAGCACCGCUGCGCCCGCUGCACCUCUUCUGUUUCAGCCUGCACCCGAGCCUGUUCAGAAGAGCACAGAAGCGAAGGAGCAGCAGAAGGAAAGUCCAGAGGUCAAAGGUCAACCCGGCCAGAAGAAGACGACGACGCUUAAGGAGAAAUCAGAAGCCGAACAGAAGCUGGAAAACAGGGAGAGCAGUUUACACAAUGCAGACGAGGAAGAGCGGGGGCAGGAGACGCCCGUGAAGAAGAAGAGGAAAGCAGCGGAGCCGGGCAGAGAGAACGAUGUGGAGCACUGGGUGAUGAAGAGACAGAAGCUGAAAGCCAGAAAGGAAGAGGAGGCGACAAAGAGGAAGAGGACGGUGUUCGUAGGCAACCUGCCGGUCGGCUGCACCAAGAAGACGCUGCAGAGCCUCUUCAGGGAAAAAGGAUCCAUCGAGUCCAUCCGGUUUCGCUCUGUGGUCAGAGAGGAUCCCUCCAUGUCCCGCAGAGUCGCAGCUAUUCAACGCAAAGUUCAUCCCAAAAAGCAAAGCCUGAACGCCUACGUGGUGUUUAAAGACGAGGAAGGAGUCGUCAGGGCGUUAGAGAGGUCAGACACUCGUUCAGCGAUUUCCACAAGCAGCCGCUGUGUGUUCAGCCGCCAACACGCUUUUCCUGCGUUUGUGUCUCCUCACAGGAACGGCAUGGAGAUUGAGAAAGACUUUCACAUCCGGGUGGACAGAGUGACGGACAACUCCUCACACGAUCACAAGCGCUCCGUGUUUGUGGGGAAUCUUUCGUUCGAGAUAAAUGAACUGGCUUUUCGGCGGCAUUUUGAGGAGUGCGGCGCAGUGGAGGCUGUGCGACUGGUGCGGGACCAGAACUCUGGACUGGGAAAAGGAUUCGGUUACGUCCUGUUUGAGAGCGCCGACUCGGUGCAGCUGGCUCUGGAACUGGACGGCACCAAACUGGAGGGCAGGUCCAUCCGGGUGAAGAGGUCGGUGAAGAAGGAGAAGCAGAAGAAUAGAAGUGACAGCAAAGGAACCGCGGGGAGGACCGGCAGGGGCCCAAUGAAGGGCCCUUGGCAGGGCCCGGGGCGGGAGAGAGGAGCCAGUCGGAGAGGUUUCAAGUCUCAAAAGAAAUUCUCUGGGAACCAGCAGAGGCCGACCAAAAGCUCCACGUCCUUCAAAGGAGAGAUGGUGGAUCCAAACAAAAAGAGCAAAAAGAAAGGCCUGAAGAAGAAGCCGAAGCCGAACAAGACUGUUCAUAUCUGACGGCUCGCAGGAAGUAAAAAGGGUUUGAGGACUCUUCGUGGUCGACCCCAACAGUGAGCCAAGCAGCAGCAGCUUUACGGAGUUAUCUGGAAAAUGAAGAACGGGCCUGUUCACGUCAGUCACGUUCCACAUUUUACUCUCCUGAGCAACAAAGCUGCUCUGCAGACGACUUUAAAAGUCUGUUAGUUUACUUUGUUCACCUGCUGCAGUGGCAGCUUGGACGGACUAAACUGAACUUCUCAAACCUGUUGGACUGGAUUACACUGUCUGGUGUUCCUGUUAUUGUUAAAAUACAACUGUUUCCUUUCA